AUGCUCUUCAAUAGACUAUCAAGAUUAGGUUCUCGCAUUGUAAAAGAGCUUCCAAGAGAGAGGCAUUUCUCAGUAUGUGGAAUUCGGAUUCUACAAAGGUCUUAUGGCCAAUAUCUGCAAUCUUCGCCUGUACUAGAGAGGCAAACUAGGACUUUUCAGGGAGCAUUCUUCUCGAAUAAUCAUAAUCUGUGUACAUCUUUCAGCACUGUCUCUGAAAAAGGCGGCGAAGAAACAGAAAAGAUAAACGUUAUCUUUGUUGAUAAAGAUGGAGAGGAAACUCAUAUUAAGGUCCCAGUUGGAAUGAACAUCCUUGAAGCUGCUCAUCAAAAUGACAUAGAACUCGAAGGGGCGUGUGAAGCUUCUCUAGCGUGUUCAACGUGCCAUGUGAUUGUUAUGGACACGGAAUACUACAACAAACUCGAAGAACCAACAGAUGAAGAGAAUGAUAUGCUGGAUCUUGCUUUUGGGUUAACAGAAACGUCGAGACUGGGAUGUCAAGUCAUAGCAAAACCAGAGCUAGAUGGAGUACGUUUAGCCAUUCCUUCAGCCACUAGGAAUUUUGCAGUUGAUGGGUUUGUUCCAAAACCUCACUAG